CUGAGUGCCGCACCUAAUACUGUCCCCCAGCGAAACUGUCUGGGGACAGGAAGAGAGCAUAGAGUGGAGAAAAAUCUGCAUUUUUAUGGUAAAUACCCCCAAGACCCGACUUCAGGACCCCACAGAGCUGCUAUUUACCUGUCUGUGAUCCUCGUUCUGCCGGAAGUACCCUGAUAACUCCCAUCACUACUAAGGCAGACACCUGAUACCCAGGGAGGGGCGGUAGUCUCUGUAGUGGCCCAGGACUGUGUCAGACCAUCUCAUUAGAUUUUCUUGAUUGCAGUUUUAUUUCUUUGCAAUCCCAGGAUAUCCCUGCGCAGCGCGUGAAGUUUAAUGUAAACACAGACGAGGUUCUUGUGUUUUCUCUGCCUCCUGAUGAAUAAAUCAGUGUGAGGGAAUCUAUUUAUAUGACAGAUCUAGAAAUCUAUACAUGGAAGAAAGAUUGAGGGAGGCAGCUGCUUUGGGGGACCUGGAAGAGGUGCAGACGCUUCUAAAAAGUGGGGCGAGCAUUAAUUCUCAGAAUGAAAUCAAUGGAUGGACUUGCCUUCACUGGGCAUGUAAAAGAAAUCACCUGCCAGUCGUCUCGUUCCUGUUAGAAUCAGGUGCGGAUAAAAAUAUUUUAACAAGCAAAGGAGAGCAUCCGGCGCAGCUGACAUCAAAAAAAGAUAUCAAGAAAAUAUUGGGAGUGGAAGAAUUAGAAGGCGAAGAUGUGAACCCCAGCUCGCAGUUACCCUUUGUUCCAAAUUAUUUAGCAAACCCCCCCUUUCCGUAUGCAUUUAACAGGGAAGCCUCUACCAAGGAGAAUAAUUCUGCGGUAUCUGCCAGCGAAAACGGCAGCCCGUGCGUCACGCCCCAGCCCGCAGCGAGUUUCCCCCUGGUGACAAACGGUGUGGAAAAUAUACACAUUUCUACCUCAUCGAAGAAGGAGGACAGUUUGCCGGCGCUGUUCUUUAACGGCGAUGUGCAGAUCCCGUCCGAAUGCACGCACUCUCCCGUACAGAAUGGACCCGCCUGCCAACCAGCCAUACCCCAGGGCCGAAGUAUGUUUUCCCCCGUCCCGUCCAGCAUGCCGCACGGCGGCUUCCACACAGGUCCUAUGCAAGUGUUCCAGCCGUUUUUCUUCACCGGAGCCUUUCCAUCAAACAUGAAAGAGUUGGUUCUCAAAGUGCGCAUUCAGAGCACCGCUUCCGGAGACAAUGACUUCAUCGAAGUCGAAAUGGACAGAGAAGAUCUCACGUACCGAGAGCUGCUCCGAGUGUGCUGCUACGAGCUCAAGAUCUGCACGGAGCAAGUGGAGAAAAUACGAAAAUUACCCAACACUAUCCUCCGGAAGGAUAAAGACGUGGCGAGACUCCAAGACUUCCAGGAGCUGGAACUGGUCUUGAAAAGCGACGGCGGUUUGUUUAGAACGUCGACGGCGCUGACCGAGAGACCCUGCUUCAACAAAAAGGCCUCGCAGCUCACGUACUGACCGGCGGCGGCAGCGCGGAGACCCAAAACUUUAUAAAAUAUUAGUAGAUAUUUAACAGUACCGAGGAAACCGACAUCGCGGUAAUGCUAGGAAUUUCACGAAGCACAACACUAAUAGAAACAAAAAAGGUAUUUUCUACUAAACCACUGAUUUUAUUUAUUUUUGAAGUCCGCGGGUUGCUUCAGUGUUAUCGGGGGAGACGUAGACUUUAUUUAGCUGAUAACUUUUAUUAUAAGGUAGCCUACGUGGUUUUCCCUCCCCGUAAACCUUCCCCGAGCCAUCAGGUAUCCGACUAUAACUGUUAGGGAUCUUCUUCUUAGCGCUGGACUUAGAACCUUUUAUUACGUUUAAAUAAGGGCCGGUGGGGGCUGCGUCUGGUUUUGUAGCCGUCCCCCCUCUAGCCCUUCCCUGAUGCGCCGCGCAGGGUAACCCGUAGAACCGCGGCGUUGUGCAGUCCGUUGAUUUUAAGGAAAAUAGAUACUUAUUGUUUACAAAUAAACAACUCUAACAUU